AUGACUACAAUUGUUCAUGGUUCUUCCUCAACUGCUCAUGUGAGUUCCUCAUAUGCACCAACUACUGAAGAAAGUUAUGUUACAGAGAAAGAACCUCAGGAUCUUUGUAUUGUAGAUCCUGAAGAAUUGAAGGUUUUGUGUGAAUCCCUAGUAGACUUUCAAAAUCCUGUUGAUAAUGAUUUUGAUUUGAGGGAUGAGUUGAUCGCUCAACGAUGGGAAAAUUUCUUUGAAAGGCUUCAUGGACCCGUUUAUGAAGCUCUAGUAAGAGACUUAUUUAAACAUGCAGAAUGUGAUGAUCUCUACAUUACAUCUCAUGUUCUGGGAAGUAUGAUUGCCAUCACUAAGAAAUCCAUCUCAGAUCUGCUGGGAAUGACAUUUCUAGAUGAAGAGUGUGUCUAUGGAAAGGACAACAAGUCAAAAUUUGUAAGGAGCGAUAUCCACAAAGCAAUCUUCAAGAAUUUAUCUCCACAAAAGAAAGAUUUUAAAAACGUAGAACUUCAGAAUAAACUAAGAAUCUGGCAUAAGAUCAUUCUAAACUACAUCAAUCCAAGAGCAAGCUUUGUUGACAAUUUCAAUGUCAAUCAGAAGUAUAUGCUCUAUUACCUCCAGUCUCACCACAAGAUGAAUCUUCAAUCAAUUAUGUUUCAAUAUCUGAAGGAUACCAUCAAGUCUACCAUAAUAUGUGUCAUUCAAUCUAAGAAGACCAAGAAUUACAUACCUUUUGGACGUCUUUUGUCUGACAUUUUUAUAGAAAACGGCUUAGUGGAAUUCUUGAGUACAGAGGGAAAAUAUGCAGAAGAUCUUGUUCCAUUAUUUGGAGAAUUAUUUAACAUCAAGACUUUGAAGCAUAUGACAAUGGUCACACAUUAUCAAAUUGAUCCUCAGUUACCUCCUUCCGAUUUGGCUCAAAGAAGGACACAUGUUGCAAACUAUCCUUCAUUCUGUAAGAAAGACAACCCAGAAGAGAUUGUUCCGUAUAUGGAUUUAAUAGAGAAAGCAUGA